GUUUAAUGAGCGCGCGUUGCAUUAGACGCUCAUCCGGUCAACGGGGCCAGACGUUUUUUCUUGUGGCCGACUGCAACGUCUUUGCAAUGGUAAAACACAUGGUUUAUAAUGGAAAUAUGAUUAAAACAGAUGGUAGUUUGAACGCGUGGGUGCGCCUGGACACAAUAUUCAGCUGUUUUCAAAAUAAUGAAAAUGUUUGCGUUCCAAUCUGGCUCGGCUGCCUGUGCGCUUUGGUCUUGCUGGCAUCCUGUUGCAUACUUUGUCAAAGAGUGCGCGGCAGACAUGCUGGCGUCGAAGCUGGUGGCUCGAUAUACUGCUUAUUCGGCAACGUGUGCAACAUUGUCGGGGCCAUUCUUUCCCACCAGCUCGCGAUACAGGUUAAACUGGGUGUUUUUAUGGUUUUUCUGGAUGCGGUUAAAGUUGCCGCUAUCCUACUCCCUUUGUGUUGCAACUCGUCCGCUGUGAGGAGACAGAGGAUGGAGCGAAGGAGGCGGAGGCAAAACCAAACCCUCCAAGCCGUGUCCGGGCUGGUGUUACUCGGAUGCGGAGGCUGGUUGAGCACCCAUCUUUCCCUAAACCCAUCUGCACACUCCGCCACUGGGAGACGACUGCUGAGUGAUCUCGUGCAAGAUCAGACGGCAGUCCUGGGGUAUGUGCUUGGCCUUCUCUACCUGGUCAUAGCCUGGACCUCCAAGCUUCCGGUGCUUUCCAGGGCACACAGAGGGGAGGUGCUCUGCAGGGCGCGAGUGUGGUCAGGGGUGUUGUGUUUCCUGGCCGGAGUCCUGUACAGCAGUGCUGUCCUGGUGUGGGUUAGGGCGACCCUGCCCUGGCACGGCCAGCUGGAGGCUGUGCUGGCAGCUUUGCCAUGGCUCAUGGCUGCUCUCGGCUCUGCUGCCCUGGAGGUCCUCAUCCUGGCUGUUCACUGGUGCAGACGAGGCCCCAGCCAGAAGUGUAGGAAGCUGUCCCCAUACACGGAGCAUCUCCUAGGGGGCUCCCCUCCCUCCUCCCCAGAAACCCAGCAUCACCUGGGGGGGUACCAGGGGGUGACCCCUCUCUCUGGCUCCAUCACCUCCAGAUUGGGGUUGGACAGGGCUCCUUCACAGAAGAAACCUCUGGUUGAUAUGGGUCACUAUAUGGAUGUUGACAUUCAACCUGUGAGAAAGAUGUGUUUGAAGCAGGUGACGCUCUCCAGGGAGAAGGUGACGAACUGCCGACCCCAGCGUACGACGGAGAGGGUGGUGAGAGUGGACGAGGCCUGCACCGAGUCUGACUCAUCCUCAGACUCAUCCCUUAGCUAUGAUCUGCAGGGGGCACCACUGUGUCCUGCAUUACAUCUCCAGCCCUCCUGUCUUGUGUCUAGUGGGAUUUUGAAGAAGCAAGCCCACGAUGGAGCAGACCCCCCUCCCAGGAGAACGUGGACAAGUUCCCCCUGCAGCAGUGGCCCCAGGGCCCCCCGACCGCCACCCACCUGCCCCAGGCACCCAGCCACCUGCCCCAGGCACCCCCAACCUCCACCCACCUGCCCCAGCAGCAUGACGAUGGCAGCAGAGAACCUGGCCCAGUAGCCGGAGGUGGCCCAGUCGACCAGGGAUGAUAUCUUCCCCUUUAUCUGGUCUAUACUUUGGUAUACUCGUUUGAAAGGUAAUAAAUGCACUAAAUUCCAA